AUGGCGCCUCAAGGUUGUGGUAUAGUGUCUGCCUUCCAGGCUCCCUUGGGUCUCUCAUCAUCUUUGGUUACUAGCGCGUUUUCCAACCAGCCUCCAUAUCCAGCACCAACUCCAACGCUAAUACCAGAGACAUUUCCCUCUCGACGGCGGUGGAACUCUUGUCGGUUGCCUUUGGGAGCCAUGGCCCUUCAAAUGGAAAACAAACAACAAGACGAGCAAGAGUUGGAUCCUGAGGAUGAAUUGGCCACCAUGAAGGGAGAACAGGAAUUCUUGGAACGAGAAAUAGCGCACGUGGAAUCGUUGGAAGAAAUAUUGGAAGAGUUGGAGGCAAUGGGAGGAACGGAUGGGUUAGAUGAUGAUGACGAUGACGAUUUUUUCUUGGACGAAUUUGACGAAGCAACCUUGGAGGAAUUGUUUCUGUCUCUGCCAGAUGAUGAUGAAGAUGAUGGUGACGACGAUGAGACGUAUUUGGAUAUUCGAAUUCAACAACAAUCUGCAUCUCUUCUGGAAAAUGCUCUGCUGCAAGGAGUGGUUCCCGCCAGUGCCGGUGUAGGCAGCAAUUGCAUGACGGGGGAUUUUGGAUUUGAUCCCUUGGAUCUUGCCUCCAAGGACUACUUUCCACGAGCGCAGGCGUUUGUUCGAGACCUCGUGCCCCCCAAAGAGGGAGAAACAGAAGAAGAAGAAAGUAAUGCCGACGACAAAAAACAAGGUGGUCCACGUCCCAAGGCGCUCAUUUUGAGAGAUUAUCGAGAAGCCGAAUUACGGCACGGUCGUCUUGCCAUGUUGGCGGCUGUCUUUUGGCCGCUUCAGGAGUUGUCCGACAGAUGGUUCUUGGAUGAUGAAAAGUUUGAUUCUCUCCUCAACUUGUUCUUGUUUGGAGGCGUCACUCUACCGUAUUUCCCACUCCUCAUGACGGGCAUUAUGCUUCUACUGGGGUAUUUGGAUAUUUACUGUCAAAUCAUCAAGGAUGUGGACGGAGUAGGAGAAGCUUACCUGCCUGGAGAUUGCUUCUGGGAUCCGCUGCAGAUACUGGCGGGGGCUCCCGAUAGCAUGAAACGAAACAUGCAGGAGCGAGAACUUUUCAAUGGUAGAUUUGCAAUGCUGGCCAUUGCAGUAUUUAUUUGGGAAGAAGGAAGAACGGGCAAGCCACUGGUUUCGAUUGAAGGAAACGAAGUUUUCUUCCAACCCGCCUAUCAAAUCCCAUUCAUUGAAAACUGGCUCGAUAGCCAGUUCUCGAGUCCGUCCCCGGUUUUCUACCAUUUAGGACCUGACGAUGCCUCGGAUUCCAUCGCUUCAGUUGAUAUGAUGCUCUCGUCAAUGCAGGAUGCCUUCAGGUUGACAACAACAAUAUGA